AUGAAAUACGAAAAGAUACCUACAGAAGACUAUGACGACGAUGCACAAGAGUUGUCUGUUGAGCUCGCCACAAAUGUCGAUUCCGACGAAGAGCGUAAUCUUGAUAUAGAUGAAGAAGGCAGCAGUAGCAAUAAUAGUCCUGGACUUUCGUUGAGCGAAAGUAACAACUCGGACGAUGCAAUCACAAGUACCUCUAGAAAAGGGAAAUUCUCUCCACGGAGGCAUGACUCUCGGAGUCCCUUGGGCGUCAAGAAGAAACGGAGUAGAUGGGUUCGGCAUUUACAUAUAUUCUUACUGUUGUUAUUUACUGCGGUCGUAGUAUUUACAUUUUUACCUUCAGCGGUGAAGAAGAUGAUUGUCUGGCGACAGAAGAAACUCUAUGGAGGAAGUUGUCACGAAGACAAAUCACUAGGUCCAGAGGAUGUGGAGAAAGUCUCAACAUCCGGAAAAAAUGGCGCCGAUCUACUUACGACGCCCUCGGUCUCAUUCAAUCCACUAAAGCCAUACAUUAAAUUAUCAAAUCUCCCUUCAGAAUAUAUCCCGACGCCAGUGGAACAAAAACCCCAGCGACAUCUUAUCUUCAUUGGGGAUAUCCACGGUAUGCUAGAUGAGUUCCAAGAGCUAUUGCAGAAGCUAGAUAGCAAAGGAUUCCUAGAGCGUGCACACAUUAUACUCACGGGCGAUUUUAUCUCGAAGGGACCGGAUAGUGUAGCAUUGUUGGAUACGUUGAUUUCAAUGAACGUUAGUUGUGUAAGAGGAAACCACGAAGAUGAGCUUAUGAGAGUUUAUUGGAAAUUACGGACGAAAACAGACGGUGGUGAAAUUGGGGAGGACGAGGGUUCUGAAACCAAGGAGAUCGAAGGGGCAGCUAAAGAGUCCGAAGGUAGCAAUGAGAAGGAAAAACCACUCGGAAAGAGGGAUGAUAGCGAUGACAGCAAGGACGAGGACGAUGACGAGGAUAAGGAACACGACGAAAGGCACAAGAAACAUAAGAACAAGGAUAAGAAGAAGAAGAAGCAUAAGCACAGGAACAAGCACAAGAAGAAGUACAAGCACUCCGACCUCGUUCUCGCCAAGUCCCUCAAGCCUCGCCACGCCGAGUUCAUCGAUUCCUGCCCUCUAAUUCUAAAGCUCAACAACGUCUCCAAUCUCGGUGAUAUCGCCGUUGUACACGCUGGGAUCAUGGCAGGUGUCGAGCUAAAGGAUCAACAACCGAGCGUCCUGAUGAACGUUAGGACUUUCGUGAAGAACCAUCCUACGUCCGGAAGAAAGGGCCUGCAUUGGAGUAAAAUGUGGAACGAGUUUGUGGCUAACAGACCAUCGGGCCAAAAACCGUUGACUGUCGUUUACGGACAUGAUGCGAGAAGAGGAUUAGACAUCAAGAAGUAUACCAAAGGCUUGGAUACCAAUUGCGUAAGAGGUGGAAGGUUGACGGCAUUGGUGGUCGAGGGAGGCAAGCAUGGCAAGACCAGUAUCGUCAACGUCAAGUGCAGGAAGUACCUUAAAUAA